AUGGCUGCCUCGUCGACCCAGUCCCAGUUCGGCGACUGGCCCGCCACAAAGGUCCGCCAGACCUUCCUCGACUACUUCAACUCGCAGCACCGCCACACCUUUGUCCCCUCGUCGUCCACCAUCCCCUACGACGACCCGACCCUCCUCUUCGCAAACGCCGGCAUGAACCAGUACAAGGGCAUCUUCCUCGGCACCGUCGACCCAAACUCGUCCUUUGCCAAGCUCUCGCGCGCAGCAAACUCGCAAAAGUGCAUCCGCGCUGGCGGCAAGCAUAACGACCUCGACGACGUCGGCAAGGACACGUACCACCACACCUUCUUCGAGAUGCUCGGCAACUGGUCGUUCGGCGACUACUUCAAGACCGAGGCGACCGAGAUGGCCUGGACGCUCCUCACCAAGGUCUUUGGCCUCCCGCCCGACCGCCUGUACGUCACCUACUUCGAGGGCGGCUUUGGCCUCCCCGCCGACCUCGAGACCAAGGACUUCUGGCUCAACCUCGGCGUCCCCGAGGACCACAUCAUCCCGGGCAACGCCAAGGACAACUUCUGGGAGAUGGGCGCCACCGGCCCGUGCGGCCCGUGCACCGAGAUCCACUACGACCGCAUCGGCGGCCGCAACGCGUCCGACCUCGUCAACAUGGACGACCCGGACGUGCUCGAGGUGUGGAACGUCGUCUUCAUCCAGUACAACCGCGAGGCCGACUCGUCGCUGCGCAGCCUGCCCGCCAAGCACGUCGACACGGGCAUGGGCUUUGAGCGCCUCGUCUCGGUCCUCCAGGACAAGCGCUCCAACUACGACACGGACGUCUUCAUGCCGCUGUUUGCCAAGAUCCAGGAGCUCACGGGCGCGCGCCCGUACGAGGGCAAGCUCGGCAAGGACGACGUCGAUGGCAUCGACACGGCGUACCGCGUCGUCGCCGACCACGUGCGCACCUUGACGUUCGCCAUCUGCGACGGCGGCGUCCCGAGCAACGUCGGGCGCGGCUACGUCUUGCGCCGCGUCCUGCGCCGCGGCGCGCGCUACGUGCGCAAGAAGUUUGGGACGCCGAUCGGCACCUUCUUCUCGAGCCUCGCGCCGACGCUCGUCGACCAGAUGGGCGGCUUCUUCCCCGAGAUCACGGGCAAGGACGCCGACCUCAAGGAGAUCCUCGACGAGGAGGAGGAGUCGUUCGCGCGCACGCUCGACCGCGGCGAGCGCCUGUUCGAGUCGUACGUCGCCGCCGCCAACGCCGCCGGGUCCAAGCAGCUCAAGGGCAGCGACGUGUGGCGCCUGUACGACACGUACGGGUUCCCGGUCGACCUGACGCUCCUCAUGGCCGAGGAGGCCGGGCUCACGUUCGACCAGGCCGAGUUUGACGCGGCGCAAGAGGCGAGCAAGGAGGCGAGCAAGGGCGCCGGCAAGAAGGGCGACGGCCAGCAGGUGCGCCUCGACGUGCACGACAUCGGCGCCCUCGAGGCCAACUCGGCCGUGCCCAAGACGGACGACGUCCACAAGUUUGGCACGGGCAACGUCGACGCGACCGUCAAGGCCAUCUACCACCAGGGCAAGUUUGUCGACUCGACGAGCGAGCUCGCGAGCCCGACGACCGACGCGCUCGGGAUCGUCCUCGACCGUACCAACUUUUACGCCGAGUCGGGCGGCCAGGAGUACGACACGGGCCGCAUCGUCAUCGACGGCCAGAGCGACUUUGUCGUCGAGGACACGCAGGUGUUCAACGGCUACGUGCUCCACAUCGGUCGCAUCGUCGAGGGCGAGCUCAAGGUCGGCGACAACGUCGUCGCGACGUACGACGAGCUCCGCCGCUGGCCCCUGCGCAACAACCACACGGGCACCCACAUCCUCAACUUCUGCCUGCGCGAGGUGCUCGGCGACCACAUCGACCAGAAGGGCUCGCUCGUCGCGCCGUCCAAGCUCCGGUUCGACUUCUCGCACAAGGCGCCCAUCUCGGUCAAGGACCUCGCGACGAUCGAGGACCAGUGCAACGACUGGAUCAAGCGCAACGUCAAGGUGUUCAGCAAGGAGAUGGACCUCGCGACGGCGCAAAAGAUCCCGGGCCUGCGCGCCGUGUUCGGCGAGGCGUACCCGGACCCUGUGCGCGUCGUGACGCUCGCCUACUCGCUCGACGAGAUCACGGCCGACCUCGACAACCCCAAGUGGCGCUCGACGAGCGUCGAGUUCUGCGGCGGCACGCACGUCGCCAAGACGGGCGACAUCAAGGACUUUGUCGUCGUCGAGGAGAGCGGCAUCGCCAAGGGCAUCCGGCGCAUCAUCGCCAUCACGGGCGACGACGCCCGGCGCGCGUCGCAGCUCGCCAACGAGUCGGACGCGCGCUUCGAGCGCGUGUCCAAGCUCGCUGCGGGCGCCGACAAGGAGCACGAGCUCAAGCAGCUCGAGAUCGACCUCGCGGCGCAGGCCAUCAGCGUCGUGCGCAAGGACAAGCUGCGCACGCAGGUGACGAGCGCGCGCAAGGCCAUCGCCGACGCGGCGCGCGCGCAGGACAAGGAGCAGGCCAAGGCCGUCGCCGACGCCGUCGCCGAGUUCUUCAAGAAGGACGCCGACGCCCAGGUUUUCGUCGCCCGGUUCGACGACGCCAAGGGCAACGCCAAGAUCCUCCAGGGCGGCCUGAACCAGGCCAAGACGCUCAACAAGGCGGCCUACCUCUUCUCGGUGUCGGCCGACAACAAGGUCGCGCACCUCAACACGGUCCCCAAGGGCGACAUUGUCGCGGGCAAGUUCUCGGCAAAGACGUGGUUCGCCGACGUGACCAAGCUCGUCGGCGGCAAGGGCGGCGGCAAGGACGACGGCGCCCAAGGGUUCGGCACCGAGGUUGACAAGGUCGACGAGGCCGUCGCGCUCGCCAAGAAGGUGUACGCUGAGCGGGCCUGAGCCGAGCGAGCGAGCGAGGGCUGUAGACGGUGGGGCGGGAGGGAGAGUCGACGAGCUCGACUUUUGUCCUCUCCUCUUUCGUGAUCUGUAAACGCGGCGCAACUAUCGACUCUAGUCGUCCUGU